CGCGAGCCCACGCGCCGCGCCCGCCGUCUCGCCGGCCUCCGCCAAUCCCGGCUCCCUCCCCACCGCGCCGGCCCUCCACCCUCCAGGCCCCGCCUCGCCGCCCCGCGCCUCGCCGCCUCCAGCUCGGCGGGCGAACUGCGUGUUGCUGCGUCAUCGCUAGUGGCCGGUUUGAAUGAGACUCCUGUCGCACCCGAGCUGCCGCCAACCCCGCGCUGCCCUCUCGCCCGCUGCCAUAGCUUCUUCGUGUCCCUUUCCCUUCGCCGCCCUUGCCAGGCGCAGCCUCCCUGUGCCGUCGCCUCCCCGCACCCCCCGCCAUGCCGCUGUACUCCGUUACCGUGAAGUGGGGAAAAGAGAAAUUUGAAGGUGUAGAAUUGAAUACUGAUGAACCUCCAAUGGUGUUCAAGGCUCAGCUUUUUGCACUGACUGGAGUCCAGCCAUCCAGACAGAAAGUUAUGGUGAAAGGAGGAACAUUGAAGGAUGACGAUUGGGGAAACAUAAAAAUAAAAAAUGGAAUAACUCUACUAAUGAUGGGAUCAGCAGAUGCACUUCCUGAGGAACCCUCAGCUAAAACUGUCUUCGUAGAAGAUAUGACAGAAGAACAGUUAGCAUCUGCUAUGGAGUUACCAUGUGGAUUGACAAACCUGGGUAACACUUGUUACAUGAAUGCUACAGUUCAAUGUAUUCGUUCUGUGCCUGAACUCAAAGAUGCUCUUAAAAGGUAUGCUGGUGCCUUGAGAGCUUCAGGGGAAAUGGCUUCAGCACAAUAUAUUACUGCAGCUCUUAGAGAUUUGUUUGAUUCCAUGGAUAAAACUUCUUCUAGUAUUCCACCUAUUAUUCUACUGCAGUUUUUGCACAUGGCUUUUCCACAGUUUGCAGAGAAGGGCGAACAAGGACAGUAUCUUCAACAGGAUGCUAAUGAAUGUUGGAUACAAAUGAUGCGAGUAUUGCAACAGAAAUUGGAAGCCAUAGAGGAUGAUUCUGUAAAAGAGACAGAUUCUUCAUCUGCAUCAGCAGUGGCACCUUCUAAAAAGAAAAGUUUAAUUGACCAAUACUUUGGAGUUGAGUUUGAAACUACCAUGAGAUGCACAGAAUCUGAAGAAGAAGAAGUCACUAAAGGAAAAGAAAAUCAGCUUCAGCUUAGCUGUUUUAUCAAUCAAGAAGUCAAGUAUCUUUUUACAGGACUUAAAUUGCGACUUCAGGAAGAAAUCACUAAACAGUCUCCAACAUUGCAAAGAAAUGCUUUGUAUAUCAAAUCUUCCAAGAUCAGCCGGCUACCUGCUUACUUGACUAUUCAGAUGGUUCGAUUUUUUUAUAAAGAGAAGGAAUCUGUGAAUGCUAAAGUUCUUAAGGAUGUUAAAUUUCCUCUCAUGUUGGAUGUGUAUGAACUAUGUACACCAGAACUUCAAGAGAAAAUGAUCUCUUUUCGAUCAAAAUUCAAGGAUCUAGAAGAUAAAAAAGUGAAUCAGCAAACAAAGACAAGUGACAAAAAGAGUAGUCCCCAGAAAGACGUUAAGUAUGAACCCUUUUCUUUUGCUGAUGACAUUGGCUCCAAUAAUUGUGGAUACUAUGAUUUACAAGCAGUGUUAACACAUCAGGGAAGGUCUAGCUCUUCAGGUCAUUAUGUAUCAUGGGUGAAAAGAAAAGAAGAUGAAUGGAUUAAGUUUGAUGAUGAUAAGGUCAGCACUGUGACACCAGAAGAUAUCUUGCGGCUUUCUGGUGGUGGAGACUGGCAUAUAGCUUAUGUUUUACUCUAUGGGCCUCGCAGAGUUGAAAUAAUGGAAGAGGAAAGUGAACAGUAACCUUCAUUUUAGCUAUUUAUGCUUAGGUGUGAAAUAAAUGUUAUUUGUUGAUCAUUUCUAUAAUCCAGAGCUUUAGAGGAAGAUAUAUAUAUAUAAGUGGUUUUGUUUCCCCUCAUAUGGAACAAAGAGCAGAAGCAGACCACUCUGUGUGUCAACGUAAAAUAUUGCAGAAAAGAGAAGCCUUUGAACUGUUUUGCUCUGUAUAAAGGUGACAGGAAGAAAUUUUUUAAAAGCUUAUUUCUUGCAUUAAUUUUUUAAAAUUCUGAGUUGAAAUGCCUUUCAACCAUUAUCUUCUGUGAUAAUUUUCCCUGCCUUUUUCAGCUCAAUAUUCAGCAAUGAAAUGUUUAUUGCACACCUAUUACUGUUUUGUUGUUCUUGCAUGGUUCAGACCACAGGUAAUUUCCUUUGCCUUAUCUAACAAAUUCUGCCAGGAAGAUGGAAAGGAAGUAAGUGUUGCUCUCAUUGUGCUCUCAGUGCUGCUGUCCACAUAGCCCAUGGAAACAUGGAUACAAUCAAGUAUUUGUCCAGCCUGAUUGUUGCUGGCUUUUCAUGACUUUAAAAUAAAUUGUGAUCAAUAGUA